ACGUCUGAACCGCGUCAAACAAUGCGAAAUAUCCCAUAAUUGCAUAUCCAUUUUCUUGUAUUUUAUCCAAAAUAUCCAUAUCCCCAAAUCAAUAUGCUCACACCCUAGAUUUUGAAACCAGACCAAAGUUACAAUAUCAAACAUACGAUUUCAUCUGUCCAACACUAAUUCCACCUACUCGAUCUCUUCUUUUAAGGUAAAUUGUGUAUUUUGUCGACUGAUUUUCUGCAACAUAGCCGGUUUUUCUGAUUCGUAUGGAAGACCACCUAAUUUCGCGUGUUGAUCAGCUCAGUGAUGCCGCUAAUCUGCCGACUGACACAACGGAGGCAUCCGGUGAGAAAGAGCCAUUGAUUCCGUCAACUGAAUGCCGCAUCUGUCAGGAGGAAGAUAGCAUCAAAAACCUAGAAGUUCCUUGCGCUUGCAGCGGCAGCCUCAAGUUUGCGCAUAGAAAAUGUGUUCAGCGAUGGUGCAAUGAAAAACGAGAUAUAAUCUGUGAAAUCUGUCAUCAGCCUUACAAAUCUGGUUAUUCUGCUCCUACACCUCAAUCACAAGACACCGUUAUUGAUAUCAGCGGAAGUUGGACUAUUGCUGGUUCACCUGUAGACUUGAAUGAUCCUCGAGUUUUGCCUAUGGCAGCUGAGAAUAAUUAUGAUGAAUACGAAGACAACAGUACCAGUGCAGCUUCUUUUUGUCGCUCAGCUGCUAUCAUAUUGAUGGGUCUUUUGCUGUUGAGGCAUGCUCUCACAAUCGGAUAUGGUGGUGGUGAUAAUGAUGAUGAUGAUGUUGAUGAUCCUUCUGCCUUUUUUGCUCUGUUCGUGCUUCGGGCAGCUGGGUUUCUUCUUCCUUGUUACAUAAUGAUUUGGGCAAUCAGUAUAUUGCAGCACCGUAGGCAAUCCCAGGAAAGGGAAGCACUGGCGGCAGCUGACGUGGCAUUCAUGAUUCAUUCAGGGCAACAUAGAGGGUUGCAAGUCACCAUUGCACCAGGACCUGCCAUGUCACCGACACCUGUCAUACCAGUGCCCAAUUACCCAUAGUGGGCCCCACCCACUAGCCACUUUAAUAGGAUAUGUCUAUGGAGAAACAUGAAUGUGAAGUGUUGUUGAUGUUAUUUGUAUGAAAAAAUGAAAUUUGAAAUAUAUAUAUAUGUGUGUGUAAAUUCUGGUUG